AUUUGAAUCCCUGUAACCCUAAACUGAAGAGCUAAUUGACGAAACGCGAGCUAACAUUACAAGCUGAUUCCGGCUUAUAUUAUUGUCUAAUCCUUCAGGCGUCUCUCUAUAUUGCCUUAUCAAUCGAGAUCCGUCUUGAGGGGGCCUUUUGAUUUGAAUAUGACUGACUUGGAUACAAACUCCAAUGACCCGGCGAAGUCAUCGCUGGGGCCGAAGAUCAAGGCUCUCGACAUAAACGUCAUAAACCGAAUUGCCGCGGGCGAGAUUAUUGUUCAUCCUGCCAAUGCUCUGAAAGAGAUGCUGGAAAACUCAAUAGAUGCCGGUAGUACAGCCAUUGACAUAGUAGUCAAAGACGGAGGUCUGAAAUUACUUCAAAUCACAGACAACGGUCACGGAAUAAAUAGGGAUGAUCUUGCAAUCUUGUGCGAGCGCUUCACCACUUCAAAGCUGACAGCUUUUGAGGACUUGAGCUCGCUUACUACUUACGGAUUUCGAGGCGAGGCUUUGGCCAGCAUAUCUCACAUUGCACACUUGACGGUCACUACUAGAUCCACUGAGUCAGAAUGUGCUUGGCGUGCUGUAUACCAUGACGGGAAACUUAUCGCGCCCAAAGGUGGCUCUUCUGCUGAGCCAAAAGCGACGGCCGGAAAGAAAGGCACACAGAUACUUGUUGAGGAUCUAUUCUUUAAUGUUCCGUCUAGAUUGAGAGCGUUUCGGUCCCCUUCUGACGAGUAUAAUCGAAUAGUCGAUGUAGUUGGUCGUUAUGCUGUGCAUACGGAGGGGGUUGCUUUUACUUGCAAAAAGCACGGAGAAUCGCACCAUUCCAUCAUCACUGCUGCCUCUGCAUCGAUAGUAGACAGAAUAAGAGUGAUAUAUGGCUCUGAGAUUGCCAGUGAGCUUAUUGAGAUCAAUGUGGCUCCUGCGAAAAAUAUAGGGCUGUUGGGAGCUCGUGGAUGGAUUACAAAUGCGAACUUCAACGCGAAGAAAAACGUUGCACCUCUCUUUUUUAUCAAUCAUCGGUCCAUAUCUUGUGCUCCUUUGAAGAGGGCGUUGUCCAGUCUAUACUCAUCCUUUUUACCGAAAGGUGGUCAUGCGUUUAUGUAUGUCUCCCUUCUGAUAGAAGCCGACAAGUUAGAUGUCAACGUACAUCCCACGAAGAGGGAAGUGAGAUUUUUGAAUGAAGAAGAGAUCAUACAGCGAAUCUGCGACGAAGUGCGGAAGACACUGGGAGCGGUUGAUAGCAGUCGUCUUUUCAAAACUCAGAUGCUACUGCAAGGCGCUUCCGGACCAUUGGAGAGCUCUAUUGAAGUAUCACAACGCUCGAAGCGUACUUACGAGUAUAAUAUGGUUCGCACAGAUGCCAAAGAGAGAAAAAUAACUGCAAUGUUACAACCGAGAAUAAAAUCCAGAUCCUCGACUACUCUUGAAGAUAUUAAUACUGUGGAAUCUCUGCAGCCGACUUCAGACCUCACACCACCCGACGACUCUCGACCACCCGAUGGCAUGCCACAGCCGCUGAAUAUGCCAAAGACUGUCAUAGAUCGCGAGAGAGUGAUGAUCAGAUUGAGUAGUAUCAAACAGCUGCGAGAAGCUGUUCGUGAAGAUUUACAUAAAGGUCUCACAGAGCUCUUCGCAAACCACAUAUAUGUGGGAUUGGUUGAUGAGACGAAACGUCUAGUGGCUGUACAGAAUGAUAUAAAGCUGUUUCUGGUCGACUAUGGCGCUAUAUGCUUUGAGCUGUUUUACCAAAUUGGGCUGUCCGACUUUGGUAAUUUCGGUGUGAUCAAACUUCGAGCGCCAAUUUCCGUCAGAUCUCUCUUGGAGGCUGCGAGUUCAUGUAGUACAGUGGAGACCAGACCCCUGGAUGUGGAGGUCAUGGCUGAUAAGCUCGUUACCAUGCGCGCUAUGCUCCUUGAAUAUUUUUCUGUAGAGAUUACCGAAUCUGGUGAUCUGACAAGCAUACCACUUCUUUUGAAAGAUUACACACCCCCGAUUUCUAAACUACCAAUGUUCAUAUAUCGGAUAUGCACUAAUGUCGACUGGUCGAAUGAACUUGAGUGCUUCCAGUCACUAUUACGAGAACUGGCCAUAUUCAAUGUUCCUGAGUCGCUGCCAAAAGUCAAUGAACUGGACGAGUCGGAGAAUACAACGGGUAUCAAAGACUCUCUCGAACUUAGGCGGCAGGAGUUAUCUCAGACUUUGGAGCACCGCAUAUUUCCGACAGUGGGACGCAGACUUAUUGCUACAAAAUCUUUGCUAUCUGCAGUGAUCGAGAUUGCUAAUUUGCCAGGGCUAUAUAGAAUCUUUGAGAGGUGUUAGGAUCUUAAUUCGGCGUUUCGCCUAAUAAUAGUCGAAGUGAAUGAUGUAUACUAAGUGAACAGUAGAAUCCAUUAGCAUAGCUCGUAAAAUCUCUAGACAUAUAUAAGAGAAUCAAUCAACUUUGCUG